AUGUUGCAAUCUAAUGAGAUUCGCAACAAAACUUUUUCACAAGUAGAAACCACUGCAAGGUUGUUACCUCCAUUUAAUUUAUCUGCUUCCAAUCUAGCUAGAGCUCUGAGUUCAUCUCUAAAUGGAACCGAUUUAUCAUUCCCCGCUAUCCAAACAAAGGUUGCACCUGCAUUGUUUCUAGCAUUCUCAACUAUUCCACUGGUAUCACAAGUUUCAUAUGUAGGAUUAGAUGGUCUGGUGUUCUCAUUUUAUAAUGAUGAAGAUCAAACUCUUGCAGUAUUUUCAAACACUUCAUUUUCUUCAACGUGGUACACUCAGCCUGUGAACCGUGACACUGGGAAGCUAUAUGGACAAGCAAUUAGUUUAAACUCUAUGAUCACAGCGAAUACAAGUUGGUUUGAAAAAGCCUUGAACAGUACACUUGCGUAUUCUUCGCUAGAGACAGGUUGGAAUAAAGCUCAGGAUCUCCUAAUUCUCAACAGUGUUGCUAUAUAUGGAAGAGGAGUGAUCGCCAUUGGUUUUCCAGCACAAAUGAUCAUCAAUCACUUUCUUGGUAUAGACUUUCACAGUGGGGACUUUUCAUUGGCUACAGAUAAUGGACAAGUACUUGUGCAAACUAAUCUGCCAGGCACUCAAAUAGUCGUAUACAAUGGCACGGUCUCUGUGCAGCUUAUCAAACUAACUGGUGAUCGUGAAAAUGUUUCUGGUAACCAUUCAUGCAGGGCCAAUGAUGGCAAGCCGGGUUACUUUCAUAUGAAUAUUAUGGGAAUGAAGCACAUAUGCUACUGCUCAACACUUGAAUUUGCUGGAGUUCAAUCUGUAUAUAUGUUGGCUUUCCCCACAAAUGGAUUGGAAGGCAUGGUUCAAGGAAACAGCAAUCUAGUGCUCGCGUUUCUUGUAGUCAUGUUUGUUAUCAUAGUUGCCUCGCUUUGCAUUUUCUUGAUCUUAAUCUUAAGAGCUGCAAGAAGGGAAAUGUUCUUAUGUUCGGCACUCAUAAAGCAAAAGGAUUCAACUCAACAAGCAGAGCGCAAGAGUAUGAACAAAAGUCUUGCCUUUGCUAGUGCAAGUCAUGAUGUGCGAGCUUCUUUGGCAGCCAUUAUUGGUUUGAUAGAGCUCUGUCACGAAGAUGCCCCUCCGAAAUCUGAGUUGGCAGCCAACUUGGUACAGAUUAAUACUUGUACCAGGGACCUUCUAGGGAUACUAAAUUCUGUUCUUGAUACAACUAAAAUUGAAGCCGGUAAGAUGCAACUCGAAGAAGAAGAAUUCAACUUGGCCCAAGUUCUUGAGGACGUCGUUGACAUGUACUAUCCAAUUGGUAUGAAGAAAGGCAUAGAUGUUGUGCUCGACCCUUGUGAUGGCUCUAUUUUGAAAAUACAUCAUGUUAAAGGUGAUCGAGGGAAACUUAAACAGAUACUGUGCAACUUACUCAGCAAUUCUGUGAAGUUCACGUCAGAAGGUCACAUCUCAGUUCGUGCCAUAGUCAAGAAGACGAGUAAAGAAAAGGCCAUUAUUGCUUCUAAUCGUAAUGGUCUGUUGAAUUGUUUGUCAAGGUUGUGUUACAAGAAUAAUGGCAGUUUCAAUGCAUUGGACGACCUUCAUACAGUCCAACAAAAUCCUAAUUCUAUGGAGUUUGUGUUUGAGGUAGACGACACGGGCAAGGGAAUUUCCAAAGACAAGCAAAAAUCUGUUUUUGAAAACUUUGUUCAGGUUAAAGAAACAGCUCUCGGACAAGGAGGAUGUGGUUUGGGACUUGGUAUUGUUCAAUCUCUGGUCCGUCUAAUGGGAGGAGAAAUCAAAAUUGUUGAUAAAGAACAUGGUGAAAGAGGCACUUGUUUCAGAUUCAAUAUUUUCCUUGCAACACGUGAGCCUGAAUGUACUGAUAUUGAGGAACAUGGAAACUAUAUGCUAAAUAAUAGCCCUUCAAGUGAUAUUCAUCAACAUUUUGGGCGACUUGUUCGCUCCCCUGCUCCCAGAUCAGAGGGAUCCCAGGUUAUACUCCUACUUGCAGGUGAAGAACGUCGAAGAAUCUCAAAGAAGUGGAUUGAGAACCUAGGUAUAAAAGUGUCUGCUGUAAAGCAGGGCAAAGAAUUAUUUCAUGUUCUUGAGAAGAUAAAGCAAAAGUUGGACCUUUGCCAGUUCAGUUCUUCAGACAAAUCUGCAUCCAAUGACUCUAAUUCUGGUGCAAACGAUGGAGCUUCAGCCACCAAGGAUGGGUGUGAUCAUGCUGUGCCUCACUGCAAGAAAUCCAACUCUAGAAGUUCAUCAAAUUUCAUACUAAUUGUUAUUGAUGCUGGAGCUGGACCUUUCUCGGAACUUUGUCCACUUGUUUCCAACUUUAGGAAAGACAUACAGAAUUCUCUUUGUAAAGUAGUAUGGUUAGACAACCGAGUUAUGCGUCACACUAACUCAGAGCAAGAAGAAAAUAGGCCAACUCUUCCAUGCGAUCACAUUUUGUCAAAACCAUUUCAUGGUUCUCGUUUAUAUCAUGUGCUAGGACUUCUCCCUGAAUUUGGUGGUGCACACCAAUACAAGAUGAUAAGUGAGGCAGCUCAAGUGGUGCAAUAUUCCAUCGGCCCCAAUGCUUCGAAUGAGUUUACUACAACUGGUGUUCAUCUGGGAACUUCUUCACCUCCCCAACUACAGAAAAUAGUAAUACAUGAAUGCCAUGAAGAGAGCAGUGAGAAGCCCUUGAGUGGGAAGAAAGUUUUGGUUGUUGAAGAUAACCCAGUGCUAUCCAUGGUAGCAGUUGCUACUCUUUGUAAAAAUGGAGCAACAGUUGAAGUUUGUGAGAAUGGGCAAGAGGCGUUCGAUCAAGUCUGCAAAGCUUUACGUGAUCAAAGCAAGGAAGGACAUUCAAUGACUCUCCCGUAUGAUAUUAUAUUGAUGGAUUGUGAGAUGACAGUAAUGAGUGGAUUUGAAGCAACAAAACUGAUACGGGCAGAGGAGAAAGUCUAUGGUGUCCACAUUCCCAUCAUUGCUCUAACUGCUAAUCCACUGACUGAAGAAUCAAGCAAGACUAUAGAUGAUGUCGGAAUGGAUUCCCAUUUGACAAAGCCAUUACUAAUAGGCCAGUUGUUGAAUGUGAUUAAGUUGAUGGAGUGUAAAUGA